CGGUAUCCCGUCAGCCCUUGCGCCUUCCGGGUUACUUUUCUGCGAUCUGGCGGCGCGGACAUGGCUCAAGGGAAGCAGAAGUUUCAGGCCCGGAGGCCUGCCAAGAAGGCAUCGGCGGCGGCCGCUUCUUCGGCCUGCCGGGGCCCGAAGAAAGGCGGGCGAGUCAUAGCCCCCAAAAAGGCCCGGGUGAUCCAGCAGCGGAAACUAAAGAAGGACCUGGAGGUUGGCAUCCGAAAGAAGAUUGAACAUGAGGUUAUGAUGAAAGCCAGCACCAGCUUGCCCAAGAAACUGGCCCUGCUGAAGGCCCCAGAGAAGGGGGCCAAGAAAAAGGAAUCUGGUGGCAAGAAUUAACCCUGACAGGGAACAAGAGAAAAAAGGGGAGGCCCUUCGUCCCAGAGCUUGCUUGACUGCCUGGCCCUGUGGCCCUGAAAUAUCUGAUGCCCCGGUAUGUUUGUGGAUACAUAUGUGGUGAGAGCUUUAUUAGGGCAGAAGAAAUAGGCUUCUCUUCAGUCAGGGAUAGCCCUGUUAUCUGUCUUCUUUUUCACCACAACCUCUCAGGCCUCAGUUUGACCAAAACAGAGCAUCUUCUGAAGGCUGCCGCUUCUCAGAUCCCCUGAAGGGACACUCUCUGGAGGAGAGAACACCUCCCUGACCAUCAGGAGGGUCCUUCAGCUCACUUGUAUCUUCCCGUUUCUCCUCCUUUGUACCCUCCCUGAGCCCCACAGCCUCUGUCUAACUUGAAGCAAUAAAAAGGAAACAGCUGCUCUCUA